CGUGACCACCAGUCAAGAACUCUCUGCUCGCUGCGACUGUGCACCCCUCUCAGUCACUGAGAUUCACUGGAGAGGGACGUGGUUCUGUAAUACCCAAAUAAGAAGACAAACUAUAUAUCUUGCAUACCCUGUUUGUUAAAGGCCGUGGAGAUGUUUUUUGAGGUUCGCGAAUGACACAGACUGCAAACUUGUCGCGGCUUGGACAACUUGCAACGUCAACAACACGUUUUCAGUUUCAACUCCAUCCGUUGGAUAUCUAGCUAGCUAGUGUUAAAGGCUCCUUUCAAAAGAUUGAAGAAGGAUGACGCUAAAAGCCAAGCUGUGCUCCGUCUCUCUGGGAGUGGAAGGAAUGACAUGUGGCUCCUGUGUUCAGUCAAUAGAACAACGCAUAGGGGGUCUUCCUGGAAUCAUACACAUCAAGGUGUCCCUGGAGAUGAAGAACGCCAGCAUCAUCUUCGACCACAACCUCCAGAGCCCAGAGUCCCUGGCCGAGGCCAUCGACGACAUGGGCUUUGAGUCCCCCCCCACAGAGUCCUCCAGCAGCAUCUCCCUCGUUCUCACAGACACGCAGCUCAUCCCCUGCCCCGGCCUGACCCGCGAGGCCCAGCAGGAGGCCUGGGCGAGGCUCUCCCACGUCCAGGGGGUCCUGGAGGUCCGGCAGUGCCAGGACCAGGGGGGGCUGUCCGUCACCUUUGUUCCGUCCCUAACCAGUGCUCUGCUCCUGGGGGAAGUUGUGAGCAGCCUGGCCCCCCUGGAGAUCCACACGUCAACAUCUGGGAGUCCCACAGAGAGAGCUCCCACCCUGGCCGUGGCCCCUAUCCCAGCCUCAGCCCCAGCCUCGGCUCCCAGCCCAAACAGAGGAGGGGGGGUGGAGCUGGUGAAAAUGCGUAUCGAGGGGAUGGUCUGUCUGUCCUGCACCACCACCAUUCAAGGAAAGAUCGGGAAACUUAAAGGGGUUAAAAAGAUCAAAGUGUCCCUGGAGUCUCAGGAGGCUGCCAUCCUCUACCUGCCCUACCUCGUCACCGUGGACGACAUCGUCAGCCAGAUCGCUUUGGUGGGCUUCAAGGCCGUCGUCAAGUCCAAGCCCCGCCCCCUGCAGCUUUUGGCCAGCGAGAUGGAGCGGUUGCUGGGCGCCUCCGCCAACCCGGCGCCCCUGUCGCCGUCGUCGGGGGAGACGGAGAUCUUCAUUGACUCGGCGUUGAGCAGCUUCACGGUGACGGGGAUGCACUGCCGCUCCUGCGUGGUCAACAUCCAGGACAACCUGGCCAAGCUGCACGGAGUCUCCUCCGUCCAGGUGUCUCUGGAGAAGGAGUGUGCCUCGAUCUGCCAUGACCCCCUCCUGGUGACCGUGACCCAGCUCAAAGAGGCCAUUGAGGCCCUGCCGCCCGGUUCCUUCAAGGCUCAUCCCAGGGACGACGCCCCCGGGUCCUUCAGCCCCACACCCGCGUCCUACACCCCGGUCAUGUCACCUCCUCCUGGGGCAGUGCCGGCUCCCCAGCCCCAUCUCACCUCCCCCUUAAUCCAGCCCCUGCUGGUGGUCACCCAGAUCCACAUAGAGGGAAUGACCUGUAACUCGUGUGUCCAGUCCAUCGAGGGCAUGAUCUCCCAAAGAAAGGGGGUGCGGUCGGCCCAGGUGUCCCUGGCCAAUCACAGCGGGACGUUUGAAUACGACCCACUCCUGACAACUCUGGAGGAGCUGAGAGACGCCAUCGAGGACAUGGGCUUCGACGCCUUCCUUCCUGAGUCCAACUCCCUGGUGCCCCUGCCGGAGCUCAGCGUCCCUUCCUCCCCCUCCUCCGCCCCGGGGAAGGAGGUGGCGCUGGACAGCGACCCGGAGAGGAGUGCCUCUCGCGGGGGAAAGGAGCGCCCCCCCGGCCUCUCCAAGUGCUUCAUCCAGAUCGGGGGGAUGACCUGCGCCUCGUGCGUGGCCAACAUCGAGAGGAACCUGAAGAACGAGAACGGCAUCUACUCAGUGCUGGUGGCUCUCAUGGCCAGCAAGGCAGAGGUGAGGUACGACCCUGACAUGAUGGACCCUCUGAAGGUAGCAGAGUGCAUCAGAGAGCUGGGGUUCACUGCCACCGUCAUGGAGGACUACGAAGGUUCCGACGGAAGCCUGGAACUGGUGGUUAGAGGGAUGACUUGUGCCUCCUGCGUUCACAAGAUAGAGUCCAACCUGGUGAAGCAGGAAGGAAUCCUUUAUGCCUCCAUUGCCCUGGCAACCAACAAGGCCCACAUCAAGUACGACCCUGAGGUGACGGGUCCUCGUGAUGUCAUCAGGCUGAUAGAGAAGCUGGGCUUUGAGGCUUCUCUGGUGAAGAAGGAUCGCUCUGCCAGCCACUUGGACCACAGGCGUGAGAUACAACAGUGGAGAAGGUCGUUCCUGAUCAGCCUCGUCUUCUGUGUGCCGGUGAUGGCCAUGAUGACCUACAUGAUCAUCGUGGACCACCAGGUCAGCUCCUCCCACCAGCACAACGCCUCGUCGGAGGACGUGGAGCACCACCACUCCGGCAUGUUCUUAGAGAGACAGCUGCUGCCUGGCCUGUCCAUCAUGAACCUGCUGUCCUUCCUCUUCUGCGUACCUGUGCAGUUCAUUGGAGGGCGUUACUUCUACAUUCAAGCCUACAAGGCUCUGAAACACCGCACAGCCAACAUGGACGUCCUGAUCGUGCUGGCCACCUCCAUAGCUUUCACCUACUCCCUGGUCAUCCUCAUGGUAGCCAUGGUGGAGGGCGCCAAGGUCAACCCCAUCACCUUCUUCGACACUCCGCCCAUGCUCUUCGUGUUCAUCUCUCUGGGCCGCUGGCUGGAGCAGAUCGCCAAGAGAAAGACGUCUGAGGCCCUGUCCAAGCUGAUGUCCCUGCAGGCCACCGAGGCCAUUGUGGUCUCUCUCAACAGUGACAUGUCCGUCCUCAGUGAGGAGCAGGUGGAUGUGGAGCUGGUCCAGAGGGGGGAUGUGGUCAGGGUGGUGCCCGGGGGGAAGUUCCCUGUGGACGGCAGGGUCAUCGAGGGACACUCCAUGGCAGACGAGUCCCUGAUCACCGGUGAAGCCAUGCCAGUCACCAAGAAGAUUGGCAGCUCGGUGAUCGCCGGCUCCAUCAACCAGAACGGCUCUCUCCUCAUCAGCGCCACCCACGUGGGAAUGGACACCACCCUUUCCCAGAUAGUCAAGCUGGUGGAGGAGGCCCAGACCUCCAAGGCUCCCAUCCAGCAGUUUGCAGACCGGAUCAGCGGAUAUUUUGUCCCCUUCAUUGUGGGCGUGUCUCUCCUCACGCUGUGCGCCUGGAUCCUGAUUGGCUUUGUGGACUUCCCCCUGGUGGAGAAGUACUUUCCUGGCUAUGAUAAGAGCAUCUCCAAGGCAGAGGCUGUGAUCCGAUUUGCCUUCCAGGCCUCCAUCACGGUGCUGUGCAUCGCCUGCCCCUGCUCCCUGGGCCUGGCCACGCCCACAGCCGUCAUGGUGGGCACAGGGGUGGGGGCGCAGAACGGCAUCCUCAUCAAGGGGGGGGAGCCCCUGGAGAUGGCCCACAAGAUCCAGCUGGUGGUGUUUGACAAGACGGGCACCAUCACCUACGGAGCGCCCAAGGUGGUGCAGGUCAAGCUGCUGGUGGAGGGGAACAGGAUGCCCCGCACCCGCCUGCUGGCCAUCGUGGGAACUGCAGAGAACAACAGUGAGCACCCGCUGGGAGCAGCCAUCACCAAGUACUGCAAGCAGGAGCUGGAGACAGACUCCCUGGGUGCGUGUUCAGACUUCCAGGCCGUGCCGGGCUGUGGUGUUCGCUGCCAGGUGAGCAACACAGAGACCCUGCUCCAGCAGGGGGACAGCGACAGCGAGGACUACAACCAGCGCAACAGCAUCCUGGUCCAGAUCAGCGACCCCAGGGCCUCCGGAGGCUCCCACCCCCUCAUCAUGGACCCACAGCCACUCUCUCUGGUGCAGACGGCAGCCUACGUGGUCCUGAUAGGGAACAGAGAGUGGAUGAAGAGGAACUGCCUGCAGGUGACGGAGGACGUGGACGAGGCCAUGACGGAGCACGAGCGGAGGGGCCGUACGGCCGUGCUGGUGGCCGUGGAUGGGCUGCUGUGUGCCAUGAUAGCCAUCGCUGACACGGUGAAGCCGGAGGCGGAGCUGGCCGUCCACACGCUGACCGCCAUGGGCCUGGAAGUGAUUCUGAUGACCGGGGACAACAGCAGGACGGCCCGGGCCAUCGCUGCCCAGGUGGGCAUCAAGAAGGUGUUUGCGGAGGUGCUUCCCUCCCACAAGGUGGCCAAGGUGGAGCAGCUGCAGCAGGAGGGGAAGAGGGUGGCCAUGGUGGGCGACGGUGUCAACGACUCGCCCGCCCUCGCCAUGGCAGACGUCGGCAUCGCCAUAGGAACCGGCACAGACGUGGCCAUCGAGGCGGCAGACGUGGUGCUCAUCAGAAACGAUCUUCUGGAUGUGGUGGCUAGCAUCGACCUGUCCAAGAAGACCGUCAGGAGAAUCAGGAUCAACUUUGUGUUUGCACUCAUCUACAACCUGGUGGGGAUCCCCAUUGCAGCAGGUGUGUUCAUGCCCGUGGGGCUGGUGCUGCAGCCGUGGAUGGGUUCUGCUGCCAUGGCGCUGUCCUCCGUCUCCGUGGUGAUGUCCUCCCUCCUCCUCAAAUGUUACUCCAAGCCCACUGCAGAGCGUCUUGAGGCCAGGCUGGGCGGGGCCAGGAGCCAGGGCAGCCUAUCAGACGUGAGCGUCCACAUUGGCAUGGGCGAGCUGCGUCGUUCCUCUCCCAAGCUGAGCCUAUUGGACCGCAUCGUCAAUUACAGCCGCGCCUCCAUCCACUCCCUCCGCUCCGACAAGCACUCGCUCAACAGCUUGGCCCUCAGCGAGCCUGACAAACACUCGCUGCUGGUCGGGGAGACGUUGUGCGAUGAGGAGUUUGUGUAAAGCCCAAGCACAGGCUAGGGUAGGCUAGGUUAAGCUAGGCUACACUACACUCAACUGGGCUAUUCAAUGCUUAGCCAAGUGAGGCUAGGUUCACUUAAAGAUUGGCAAUUCCACAUAGACCUAUAGCUUAGCUAUGCUAACUGGACCAGGGAUUGGCUAGCCUAGCUUUAUAUGGGUUACUGACUCAUCUAUCUACUCAAAAGCCCUCAGGGUGGCAUCUUUUGGACAUUCUGCUUGGGCUCCUCUCAUUGCUGCCCCUCCGAGCGACCACAGAGAACUGAAAGGGAAGGAAGCUGGAGGUAACAGCUUCCGGGUGUCUGGAGAGUCUAUGUCCAUGGCCAGUCAUCAACUCAGGGCAGGGCAGCAGAGCAGGGCAGUAGACAGUAGACGACUCUGAUCGGGGCGGGGGUGGGGUCAGUCGGUCGGUCAUGUAGAAGCGAGCGCAGACAAUCUUGGACCCAAAGACAACCGAAUGGUGGACUGUAUCAUGGUGGAGAGGUCAGUCCAUUACAAGUUUUGUUUCGUAAGACUGGUGUAUUUGUAUGUAAUAUAUGUAAUAUGUGCUGAUGUCUGUUGAUACUAUCUUACAAAGACUAUUUAUAUUUGCCUUAUUUAUCACUGUUGAUUUCACAUGACUCGUAUGUGGGUUCGGUUUAAAUGAAGGAACGUUUAGGAACCCUAUUGUUAUAACCACUUAUAAAUGUAUAAUUAUUUUUUGUAAUAUGAGAUAUAUCUGUGGACGUUAUCACAGUGUUUGGAAAACAGAAUCUUGCCUAAAUCAAGCUACAACAAAUGCAUAUAUUCAUGUGUGGGGUGCAUGAUCUUGAACGCAGUUAAAUUUAUUAUAAUUUUUCCUUAACAAAUAAGGCAUUGUGCACCAGUAAAUGUUACUCAAGUGCCAAUAUUAACGAUAAGUCUGCAAAGUCCAAAACAUUCCAAAGAUAGCACUUUGCUUGGUAGAAGGAGAGACAGAGAGGGUGAGAGGGACUGAACAGAACAUGCAGAGACGGAGUACAGUAGUCGGGGAUGAAAGGUCACUGACUCACUGAUCUUCCUGGAACAGGGACAGGGGUGGGGUGGGAAGGGUUUAGGUUUCAUUACUUUGAAAAUGUUUCCUUCAGGGCUUCAUCUGAGACCUUGUCUUCAGUGAAUAGAGGGCCGGGUCAGGGCCUGGACAGGGGCAGGUGAAGGGUAUUUGGACAGGAAGGCAGGUGAAGGGUAUUUGGACAGGAAGGCAGGUGAAGGGUAUUUGGACAGGAAGGCAGGUGAAGGGUAUUUGGACAGGAAGGCAGGUGAAGGGUAUUUGGACAGGAAGGCAGGUGAAGGGUAUUUGGACAGGAAGGCAGGUGAAGGGUAUUUGGCGCCCUUGUUCCAGGGGCCUAACACCGGUAUCUGCCGGUUCCUCAGAGCUGUGGAAACUCACUUUCCGACUGACCCAAGAUCUGUUCCUAUUUGUCAUUUAUGUAUUUAGUUUUUUCAUUAUGAACAAAUCAUUUUCACUGGUCCUGGACCAGUUGGUAAUAGUGUUAUGUAACCAUAGACACAAACAGUCAUUGGUGAACCAAUGAAUGUGAAACAUGUGAACACUGUGAACUUGACAUGUUACUUGGUGGAAAAUAGAAAGAUGUUUUUUAUCCCAGCUGUGAGAAUGUUCCCAUGAUGCUUAUUGUUCUCUCUACACUCUGGGUUCUUUGUCUUUGAUAUGUUCUGUAUGUUGGUGCAAUUUGUAGAACCCUGGUUCCAGGUAGACACCAGGAACAGAGUUCAGAAUGUUGAAUCACACAGGAAUCAGUUCUGAGGGUUCCACAGAUUGUUCAGAAGUUCUAGAAUGCUGACCUAAUCUGUGACACACACUGUGUCUUCAUCUUUGUGAAGAUGAGAAACAUCUUUAGAUAUACAUCGAGACAUACUUGUAUUAUUCGUCUCUCAUCUUCAACCAUGCAUAAAAUACAUAUAAAGGUUAUAUGGACUCAACUGACCAGGGAGGUUCCUGUCAGGUGUUUGAAGUCAUUUUUUUGCAGAUUGUAUAUCAGACCUGAUCUUGUCAUGACUGUCCUCGUAGCCUUAAAUUGUCUUGUCAUUUGCUUUUUGUGCCGUCCUCUGUUUUUCUGCUGCUUAAGUUAAGAGCAACUCGUACAAGUUCUCCCGCAGAGCAUCAAAAUCUCUUAAGUGCUUUGUAAAGUUUUCUCUUUUGGAUUAAAAAUCUUUCCUAUUGUG